CCCAGCCAGCUCUUCCUGCCCGGGGACAGGAGGGGACAGGAGGGGACAGCCAGGAGGGGACCCUGAGCUGUGGAGAACGGGGCGGGGGGUGGCUCGGCAGGCCGGGACCUGCCCCGCCGGGCCGUUCCCGGAGCCGUGAAGCAACAGGAGGGCUGGCUGGGAACCAUGGCCGAGUGCACGGAGCUGGAAUGGGCCGUGCAGGUGCUGGUGAACAACUUCGACAAGUACUCGAGCCGCUGCUGCUGCUGCAAGAACCCGCGGCGCAUCAGCAAGAAGGAUUUUCGGAAGAUGCUCAGCCGGGAGCUCAACCACAUGCUGACCGACACCGGGAACCGCCGCGCCGCCGACAAGCUCAUCUGCGACCUGGAUGAGAACAAGGACGGGCGCAUCAGCUUCGAGGAGUACUGGACCUUGAUAGGCGGCAUCGCCAGCCCCAUCGCGCAGAUCAUCCGCCAGCAGGAGCAGAGUGUCAAACACACCAAGUAGCCGCUGCUGGAUCCAUCCCGGACCCCCCCGGACCCCUCCCCGCUCCUCCACGAACCCCGCUUUGUGCCCGCCCCGAGCCUCCGGACCCCGAGGUCCCCACGAGUAGAACGGGGCAGGGGCGGGCAGCCCCCGCGGGUGGGAUUUGGGGGGCAAAGCUGUGGCAGCCUCGGGGGGGUUCCUCCUUGUUCUGCCCCCCUCCUCUCAGAGGAAGAGGCUCCCGCUGCUCUGGGACGGGAAUUCUGUCUGUCCUCAGCGCUGCGCCGGCAGAAAUCCCAGCACGGGCAGCCCCCCCUCUGCCCUUGAGGCUCGCCCCCAAACUGGGGGGGUCUCCUUGAGCAAAGGGAGCUUUUCCCCCUGCCCGGGGGGCGGCGCGGUCCCGGCCGGGUGCCACACCGUUGUUAUUUAUUGCAGCAAUAAAGUUCGGAGGAGCA